CAGCUUCACGCUGUGGCCGCUAGGUGGCGCGUAAAGAGUGUCACGUAGACCUGCUGGACGACAGACCGCGACUUUGGUGUGUUUCUUCUGAAACGCGCCUUAAAUAAAGGCUAAAAUGUCCAGCUCCGUGGAUGAAAACGCGCUGGUUAGAGCGCUGAGAGAGCUGGUCAGCACCGGCCGCACUUUGCUGGACAGUGUGGAGAAAGACGGAGCGGCGGGUGGAUCUCAGCAAAACAUUGAUGGUCAGAAACUCCAUCCAUUGUUCGGCCUGAUGGCAGCAGGUGCCAGCUUCCUCAGCAGUCUUUCGGUGAAAACCAGGGGAGAAGCUGAAGCCCUGUGGGAGCAAUACUUCCAGAAUGCGGAGGUCCGGGACCAUGUUGAAGACUUACUGCAGUUAGAAGCAGAGUGGGAUGGGUUUCUGACCCGUUUGGACUGUCAGACUCAGAUGAGUGACCAGACUCUUUCUGUCGUUCCACCAGCACACGCACUGAGCCCUGACAUGCAGCUCACAGACGUCAGGACUAAAGAGAGUGUUUCUCUGGGUCAGUAUCUGGGCAAAGGGCAGAAACUCCUGCUGGUUCUGCUCAGGCAUUUCGGAUGACUGCCGUGACGAGAUCACCUGACCGAGCUUCAGGACAACAAGGCUCUUCUAGAGGCUCAGUCGGUGCAGGUUCUGAUGGUUUCGUACGGUUCUCUGGAGGGGGCGGAGUUUUGGCUGGCUCAGACGGGCUACGAGUUCGACAUGGUCUUUGACCCCGAGCGUAAGGUCUACCAGGCGUUCUCUCUGGGCUCCUCCUUCGCUAAAGUGAUGAAGUUCAGCAACUUGCUUCGCUACUCGGAAUACCACGUGACCAAGAGAAGCUUUCCUCAGGUCCCCCUGCAGUUUAUCGACGACCUUUUUCAGAUGGGUGGUGAUUUCGUGCUGGAUGAAGGAGGUGCAGUGAUCUUUUCCCACCGGUGUCAGAGCCCAGUGGACCGGCCCUCGGCUGAACACAUCCUGGCUGCCCUGCCGGCCUCGGUUUAACUCUUGGUGCCUCUGCUUAAAGCGAUAGUUUGGCAGGCUAAUGCGGCUAACGUAACGGAGGCUUAUGGCUAUGAAUUAUCACCGUGCACAAUGGAACACCUAAUUAAGCAGACACUUGCCUUGGCUUGUCCUACAGUGAGAAACCACACAAGCAAGUCUAUUGGAGAUUGAACAACUCCAUAUGGUUUAAGGGAAGUGUGUGCUGAUGUGGGCUUGCAGUUUGCAGUAAGCUGGGCUCUAAUUGGUGGAACAUAAGCUUUCGUUACUUGUUAGCUACAUUAGCUGCGUAGCUUCAGUGCAGAACUAAACAACACGCCUUGGAUGAUCAGCAAUACGGUUCGAUAUGGUUUAACCCCAUAAGCUGGCUCUACACAGUGAAACUUUCAGGCAACUAGUUGCACGUUGUGAGUCGCCUGCAACAUAAUUUCUGUGCAACUUGACGGUUACGCAAAGCGGUUCAAUAACAAAGUUGCACACAACACAACACAUCCACAUGUGCCCUUCUUUUCACCUCCUGUUGAUCCUGUUGCAUUGAUCCAGUGAUAUCAAUCAUUUAACAGUAUACUGUUUGAUGUGAUCAAGUGAUGCGUUAUCAGUGCUUUGUUUGGAUAUUUCAUGAAACCUGCUUCACGAAGUUGAGACACUUGUAACUGUUGGGGCUGAGUUUUAAGUGAGAUGCAGGACAUUUUACAUUAUGUAGCACAAGUGCAGUUUAGUUUCAUGUAGGUUUCAAGCAACUAAAAUUGCAUGAAAGUUUCACCAUGUAAAUACAGUCUUAAGCUCCAAGCUUGUUAUUCAGUUAUUAAUGACUACUUUAGAUUAUUCAGUAUCUACAAUGAAUUGCUCAGUAACUACUGUAAAUGACUCAGAUUUUAGUAUAAAUGACUCAUCGAUUACUGUGAAUUAUUCAGUAACUACUGUAAAUGAUUCAAUUACUAUGAAAUAUUCAGUAAGUACUACAAACGACUCAGAUUUGACUAUAAAUGACUCAUCACUCACUAUAAAUUAUUCAGUAACUACUAUAACUGAUUCAGUUACUGUGAAUUAUCCAGUAACUACUAUAAAUGACUCACAUUUUACUAUAUAUAACUCAUUAAUUACUUUGAAUUAUUCAGCAACUACAAUAAAUGAUUCAAUUACUGUGAAUUAUUCAGCAACUACUAUAAAUUAUUCAGUAAUAACUACAAGUGACUCAGUGUCUACUCUGAGUAAUUCAGUAACUCCUGUGGAUGUUUCAGUUAUGCAGUUGUUACAGUGAGGAACUGAAAUGUGGGCGUCUGCAGUAUAAGAGGUGAAAGUCGUGGAUCAUCCCGAGUUUUGGACGAAAUGACACUGUCAGUGGGGCAUCUGCAAUGAAAAUCAUUUUUAGUGUCGCACUGUGCCUGGAAAAUCAGCCACGUGUACCAAAGCGUUUUUUUUUUUUUAAUAGAAGAACUCAGUGCUCUGUAUGAGCGAUCCUCAAAAGCCACUGUAGAGCCAAACCACUGCACAGCGUAGCGCUCUCCUCGCUCUAACACGUCUAACGCCGUUCACCAGCUAAAUAUCAAAACCUUCAGGAGUCGAAUCAGGUUCAGUCCAGCUCAGUGUACGUUCACAUUGCAGGGCUGAAGUGGCACAAAGCCGAUUUUUGCCUAAAUGUGACAGAUCUGAUUUUUUAAGAUACAAGAAUAUGAAUCUUUCAAAUCAGAUUUGAACCAUUUCUCAUGAGUUUCUAGUCAGUUUCUUGUGACUGUAAUGAAAACCGAUCAAAAUCAUGCAGGGUUUUUGUUUGUUUGUUGUUUGUUUACAUCACACUCCACUGUGCUUGUGAAUAUCAUCGUGCUUGUUGUACAGGGAUGCAGGAAGUUGCGGUUGCUAAAAUUGUAUGCAAGUUUGGGCGCCCCUGGGUCAAAUGACACAUUUUUGUUGGCUUUCUAGAUUAAAAUAACACACUUCUGCACAUUUUAAUGCACAGUUAUUUUGUUUACUUGCUGGAUUUAACAUAUCAGGGAAAAAUAAAACAAAAUGCUGCCUGGGCAAAAGCAAACAAACAGAAAUUGUGCACUAAAAAUAGCUUAUUAGCAAGCACAACUAUAUGACAUUUGUUGUGAUGUAAUGAUGAUGUUUGUUGUGAUGUAAUGAUGGUAUUUGUUGUGAUGUAAUGAUGAUGAUGUUUGUUGUGAUGUAAUGAUGAUGUUUGUUGUGAUGUAAUGAUGAUGAUGUUUGUUGUGAUGUAAUGAUGAUGAUGUUUGUUGUGAUGUAAUGAUGAUGAUGAUAUGCCAAUUUGAAUAUUUGAGUGAAUUUACAUCAAACAGAACAUUACAUAAUGCGCUAUAAUGAGGCGAGAGAUGGCAGUAUACAUAUAUAAAUGACCACUGCAAACCACUGAUGACCCUCUGCUCACUCUGCUCACUCAUUCUGAAAAACCUUAUGCAGAUGAGCUAAGCAGCGACCAAUCAGACUGUCGAUAUGUGGCGCGGCUGAAACAUCCAAGUUACAUACUGAAGAUUCAAAACUACAAUAUACACCAGAGCAGAAGAUGUAACAGCUAAUGUAUUUAAAAUAUAGGACAUUUAUUAUGAAAUUUAAAAGUUUAAAAAACAAUAUUCGUCCACUAUCAAGCCCCCUCAGCACCCCCACUUCCCACAUCCCUGUAAUCCAGUAUCAACAGCAGCUUUAACUUGAAUCGUGUCAGUACUGCAACAGUGUGUCUCUGUUCUUGGAAUUGUACUUGAGUUAACAGCGAUUCUGCCGACUCCGGAGCGAGAGAGCUGUACCGGGGCUGUGAGGAUGACGAGGCGACUCCAACUCAGCUAGAAGAGCCGUUUCUGAAUUGAAUACACAGCCACUGGUGCACCCAGCUUCUCUCCUGUGGAGUCUGCAGAGACCUUCAUCUCCACCCACACAAGCGCAGACACAAGCUCAGACUGAGCUCUAUUCUGCCUGAUUGUCAGUACAGUCAAAUAAUCAGUCACACUACUUGAUUUAUACAAAUAGCAGAAUGGACUGGACUUUGAGUCUGCCUAUUAUAUUACAUAAUAAUCUCAGCAAUGUGAAGGAUUUGUUUACUAAUAAAUCAAUGAAGAAUAAAUUUAAUAACUGUGAAAUUUAAACCUGAAUGUUGUGUAAGCUCAUUAGAUUCUAAUAUAAGCAGGUGUGAGCCUUUAUUGCUAUACAAGGAAACUACAUCAUUGCAAUACUACAGAGACCAUCCUACUGUAGAGAUUUGUGCGUCUUUGUAAAGAUAUAAUGAUAAAUAUAUUGUGUUCAAAUGUCUCGAUUCUCAUGUAGUUUGCAAGUAGAACUUUUAGAACAAGUAGAAUUUUUGAUUCUGAUUUUUCGAUACUGCAAUAAAAACCGGUACACACUUCUGUUAUUCGUAUUUUUUUGUAGAGCGUUUGUGUUUUUGUUAAUAUAUACACUACAUGGCCAAAAGUUUGUGGACAUCUGACCAUCACACCUCCUUGUUGGGCAGCCCGUUCAAAAACCAUGAGGUUCAAUAUGAAGUUGGCCCUCACUUUGUGGCUAUUACAGCCUCCACUCUUCUGAGACAUUUUGGACAUUUUGGACAGUGUC